GGUUUCCAUUUUCCAUCGGUAGGAAGUAGCAUCAGAGCAAGCAAAGAGACGAAAAAGGAAUGGCAGGAAUCAUUCACAAGAUCGAGGAGAAGCUUCAUAUCGGAGGAGAGCACAAGCAGGAGGAGCAUAAGGAGGAAGGGCACCACAAGGAGGAGGAGAAGCACCACACGGAGGAAGGACACCACAAGGAGGAGGAGAAGCACCACAAGGAGGAAGAGCACCACAAGGAGGAAGAACAUCACAAGGAGGGAGGAGGAGGAAUAGUGGAGAAGAUCAAGGAAAAGAUCCAUGGCGGAGAGGAACACGGGGAGAAGAAGAAGGAGAAGAAGAAGAAGAAGGAGAAGAAGCACGGUGAGGAGCACCAUGGCGACAGCAGCAGCAGCAGCGACAGCGACUAGAUCAGACCUUUGACACCUUGCUAUGGAAGAAAAGUUGUCGCCAAUGGUCCGAUGGACACCACUCCAUAGGUUGUUUCUUCAAACAAAAGAAUAUAUCAUGGAGAUUGCUACCUGUCAUUUACAUCGACGACAAAUCUAAGAAAGAAGCUGAUGUGUCUUGCUUGUGAAGAAGACAAUUUUGGGUCAUGAUGUAAGCAUGUUAUAGCCAAUCUCCAGCAACACCACCUGAAAGCAGGCACUCGAAACGAAAAUUAGCUUUCAUGGUUGGUGUCAACUUCUGCAAGAGGAAUCCUCUCUUGGAUCUUUAGCAGAGCCGGAAAAAUCAUAUCUUUACCCACUUGUUGAACAGAUUCAGUGGCUUUUUUCCUGGCCAGAUUCAGUGAACAAUUGUGGCCAGCAGAUGUUUCUUAUUAGCUUGUGUAAUAAGAUUCCCGUAAGAUUUUGCUUUUGAAUGACUCUAUUGUUUAUGCAA